AUGUCAAAGAAGCACGUCUUGGGCGUAGUUGGUGGAUCAAGCCUCUUCCAUGCCAAGAGUUUUUCAUCUGGACUAGUAAAAAAGAUCAUCGACACUGCGUUUGGCAGCGUCGUGUGUUACAUUGGCACUUGGCUAUCAAAGGCUGAGACAAUACCCGCUUUGCAGCUCGUGUUCGUCCAGCGUCAUCAUGCAGACCCAGACGGCAAGUACCGUCAGCCUCGACAAAUCAACUUUCGUGCCAUUGCAUUAGCGCUUCGAACGCUACAGUGUGAGGCCGUAAUUGGUAUUUAUUCGGUUGGGUCCAUGACGACUAAAAUAGACGUCGGACAUUUUGUGGUGCCGGAAGAUUUCUUCAAUCCCUUCGACAUCUUGCACGUGUCAAUGGACUAUGAUGCCCACGUGGUACCUGAGCUCAACGCCAAGCUUAGGAAUGCAGUAAUACAGGCUCUGCAAAGCGGAGGUUUUGAUCCGUACGACGGCGGCGUCUACGUGCAGACGGCAGGGCCGCGUUUCGAGACAAAGUCCGAAGUGCGCUUCUUUGCACAAUUUGGACAGCUCAUCGGCAUGACGGGCGCGAAUGAAGCCGAGCUUUUUAAUGAACUGCGUGUGCCCUUCGCCAUGCUCUCCAUCGUGGACAAUAUGGCCAAUGGUAUCGGAGACCCUCUUACGAUCGAAGUUUUUAAGGCUACGCAGGAAGCCAAUGCCGGCCUUAUGGAGCGUGCUUUUGUUUACGUGCUGAAUGAGUUGACCAACCAAAAGGCUUUGGCCUUGCUCGCGACCACGUCUUAA